AUGGAAAACGGUGUGGAGGAACAACGGGAUUCUGUCUUCACCACAACUCAAUUCAAAGUAACGCAGAAGUACAACGCGUUUCUUGAUCGUGUGACUCCAUACACAAAAACGCGGUGGGGGAUAUUUGUAGUCACACUUUUACUUUUCAUAUACCGUAUGGUUCACUUCCACAAAUAUUACAUCUACGCGUACACUUCUGGCAUCUACAUAUUAUUCCAAUUUGUCGCAUUUUUGACUCCAAUUAGUAUCGAUGACACCGGCGAUCCUCUUUUACCCGAUGCCACAGGAGCGGAAUAUCGCCCCUUUAUGAGGCGUCUUUCAGAAAAGAAAUUUUGGGUGAGAAGCUAUUCCGUUGUAUUGCUCUCAUUUGUGAUGUCUUUCACAUUCAUUGACUUGCCUGUGUUCUGGCCUAUAUUGCUGCUGUACUUCAUUGUGUUGUUUAUUGUCACUAUGCAGACACAGAUCAAACACAUGAUACAGCACAAGUAUGUUCCAUUUGACUUCGGGAAGAAGACAUAUGAUAAAUGA